AUGAAAAGUUUUUGGAAACAAGAAACCGAUACAAUUAAUUCUCCAUGUAUUUCUGCUGAAGAUCGAGCAUGUGAAGAUCAUUUCAAUGAAUCUCAUAUCCGUCUGUUAAAUGGUCAAUUCAUGGUUCGUCUUCCUUUUAAGAAAUCUCCUAAAGAAUUAGGAAGCUCAUAUCAACCAGCUCUAAAUAUGUUUAAUCACUUAGAAAUGCGCUUCGCAAAAAAUCUCAAUUUCAAAACCGAAUAUAUAAAAUUCAUGUCUGAAUAUCUCAAACUCGAUCACAUGAUUCUCAUUCCAUUACCGUCCAUUUACUCUACUUAUUAUCUUCCCCAUCAUGGAGUGAUUCGUGAAAGCAGUACAACGACUAAAUUAAGAGUUGUUUUUAAUGGAUCACAAAAAACUUCCAAUAACAUCUCAUUGAAUGAUUGCCUUUACACUGGUCCAAAGCUUCAAACAGAACUGUUGGAUAUUAUUCUUCGUUGGAGAUGUUAUGCAAUGGUAUUUUCUUGCGAUCUAGAGAAGAUGUACCGCCAGAUAAGGGUACAUCCUGAUGAUUGUAGUUGUCAAAGAAUACUUUGGAGAGAAGAUCCAUCAAAUCCAAUUCAAAUAUACCAAUUAUCAACGGUAACGUACGGUUUAGCAUGA